UUCUAUUUUCUCAUUCUGAAUCUAGUCCCAAAGAACAGUUCCCCAAAGAUGUCUUUCCUGAAUAUGCCCCUAGCUGUUUUUGCUGUGUUUUUACUGAUCUGCACAUCAAGUUCAGCUCAGAAAAAGGAGGAAGAAGUUUGGAAGGCACGUCUUCAGGAUGUAGACAAUCUGGAACUGGUAGAAAAUGUGACUGCAAUUCGCAAUCUGGAUGAUGUUUUAUUCAGGAACGUUUACCACUUCACUUUCAAGAAGGACUGCGAAGAACUUUUCCAGACAGGCCACACCAUGAGUGGCCUUUACAUCAUACAGCCUGAAGGAAGCCGCAAGCUCGUGGUGCAGUGCUACAUGGAUGGCUGCAAUGGGUGGACAGUGAUCCAGAGAAACAGCCAUAACACGGAGAUCACAUGGACAGAGGCCUGGACAACCUACAAGUAUGGCUUUGGUAACCUGGAAGAGGAUCACUGGCUUGGCAAUGAGUACAUCCACCUCAUCACCAAGCAGAAAUUGUACAAAGUGAGGAUAGAUUUAACUAAUGUCAAUGGCAUGGCACGGUAUGCAGAGUAUGACAGCUUUUUUCUGGCAGACGAGGGUGAUUUUUACAAGCUUAAGUUAGGGAUGUAUGAGGGUAAUGCAGGAGACUCUCUCAGCUCUCCCAUGACUAAAAACAUGCACGAUAACAUGAGGUUUUCAGCUAAGGAUAGUGAUAAUGACAGAUCAAGUCACACAAACUGUGCAGAUGUGCAUGGAGGGGGCUGGUGGUUCGACUCCUGUUACGAUGCUCAGCUGAACCGCAAGGGCGGCCUUCACUGGCACACCCUCUGCGAUGGCAAUUGCCAAAGCUCAGCUAUUCUGCUGAAGCCCGUUCAUAUGUACUGUCACAGGGUUUAGAAGACAUGUCCAUCCCCACAGACUAUGAUCAGGUGACCUAAUGUAAUACUUAUCUGAAAAAUAAAAGGUGAAAUCAUAUCCUGCAGGCUUCAAGUUUCUCUGCCUUCCUCAUAGAAAGGGGGAUCAGAUUUUGAUUCUACUGCUAACAGAGAUGUCUAUGCUGUAUAUUCAACCUCUCUGAUGAUAUUCACUGCCUUCAACAAGGCAGCGAGACAUAUUGUGAAUAACAACCUAAUAAAAUUCUUCUUUCUUCAGCA